AUUUUUUAAAAAAUCUUCUUUACUCCAGGAUUUCUUUUGCAUCGUAGCUGCAGUUUGGUCUUCAUGCACCAGCAGUUCUAGUCACUCCUGUCCUUCCCAUCUCCACAAUCCAACAUUCACUCGUUUAACUACUUCAAAAUCUUCCAUUCCCUCCUUUCAUCUCUAUGAUUUCAGCCUCCACCAUUGCGUCUGGAUCGUCCUCAGGCUUUUCCGCCGUGGGUAGCGCUUCGACUCCUCAGUCCUCUUACACUCCUUCUUCUGCCAAACCCACCUCUGGAAAUGCCUCUGGAAAUCCUCUCAAAGACCUUAUUGAAACUGAAAAAGAGUAUCUUGAUACUCUCAAAAUUAUUACUACGCAAAUUGCUCCCAUAUGGUCCAACGAUCAGCGCUCGACCGACUUUACAGAAUUAUUAAAACAUGCCCAGGAUAUUCUCAAGAUAAAUAAGCGAUUCUGUACACGUUUGAUCAAAAUUUCUGCCUCUCCUCAAGGAAUCCGUGAGCUGGGAGAUGUGCUGAUGCAAUGGGUCAAUGAAAUGGAAGCUCCAUAUGCCAAUUAUUCCCGAAGUUUUAUCAGCAACCUCAAUGAUCGACAGGACAUUGUUGGGCGGCCGUCUGUGAAGGCAGCAUUAUAUGCACUGUCGGUUCAACACUCUUAUGAGAUCACCAUGGAAUCGCUUGUGAAUGCUCCUAUUCAACGAAUGCUGUAUUACAAAAUUUUAUAUGGUCGACUAUUGGAGACCACUGAGCCCGGGAGGUCUGAUCACCAACUACUGGCUCAAGCCAAUCAACGGAUAGACACAAUCAUGCUGAUGGCAAAGAAGAACACACGAGCCAUGACUUCGCCUCUACCUAGUCAUAUCAUCGCAUCGCCUCCUAGUCGCCAAAAAUCACUGCCCAAUGUUCCUCACAUAAACACAACAUUUUCACCGUCGUAUAGUCCGAUGCAAAAGCCUCCCCAACCUCAAGGUGCUAUCCUUGAUCUUGAAAAGAUGAUUGAUGCAUCCACUGCUGUCGAUGUUUUCUCAAGAGAACCCAAGAAAUGUCGCUUGCAACUUUCGAGUGCUCCACGAACUCUUAUCGUUGACGAUGAUUUCACGUUGUUUCCUGCCACUGGAAAUACGAUCGCACCUAUUGCAGCUCAUGUUUUUCUGUUGUCUGAUGUUCUCAUUGUCGCCAAACGUUUGAACCGUGAUGAGCUGGUCAAAUCUCGAAAUGAUGGCUCCGACUACAUGUACUCGCUUGUGUUUCCACCCCUUGCUUUGAAACAUGUUCAGUUCGGGCAACUGAUGCCGGAACGAGAGAGCCUUGGCGAAUAUUAUAUUCAGGUGUCCAUCCGCAACACUGACUGUAUGCAUCUAAGAACGGAUUCGCGAGCUGUGAAAGCAUUGUGGUUGGAAAAAACUUCACCACGACAACAGAAUUUACCUCCCGUACCGGCUCCAAACUAUCCUAUGCCUGGUGCUGCGAAGCCACCUGCUCCAUUUCCAAAGAACUCGACAGUUCCGUCUCCGCCUAGCAAAGAACAUUCACUCCCAUCCAAUGCUGCGUCGGAUUCCAACCGUGACACCAUUUUUGAUAUGUAUACCAGCACUGAAAAAGCACCGUCCAGAGAUACCAUCUUUGGUAUGUACUCUGAUGAACCCGAACCACAUUCAACACCUGAGUUGCCUCCCAUGCCGAAGAGCCCAGCACCGUCGAAUUCAGGCGCUGCUGUGACCCACGAGUUUAUAAAGCCAGCCGUGUCACACACAUUGGAAUCCAUUCAUAUCUCGAGUCCAGUCCAGUCGCCUUCCAGGGCCAAUUUCAUGGAAUUGCCAAAGUUGGAUAGAUUGAAAUUGGAUGAUAAUACGUUCAGUAAUUUGUCAAGCUCUCCGCCUCCAGCAACACCAACCAGCUUGUCGCAUAGAAGAAGAAGCUUUGAGCCGGAAUCACCAUUGCCGACAUCACCUGGAGUCCAGUUAUUGUCUUCCGGCCCACCUUUAUCUCAAUCUGUCAGUAAUGGGUAUAUCCCACCACCCACGGUCCACAACAUGGAGUUGGCGGUGUCUGAAGUCCCUGAAGUGCCUUUGCUCUCCCAACCCAUUGAAGUCGAUCGUGUUGUUGCUCCCAUUGCCAUGCAGGCUGCAGUUCAUAAUGCUCCUGCCAUGUUGACUGCAUCCAAGUCGGCACCCACAUCUCAUCUUGGUCCCCAGCAAAAUCUACCACCUAUACCUUCACCGGAUCCAAUGUUCAUCAAUUCCGCGCCUACCAUGCUGAAUUCCGCUGGUGGUGGUCCAGCAGGCAUGUCUUCACCACCCAUGCGUCCACGCCCCCCACCACCGAACUUUGCUGCUGGUUAUAGACCUCCUCCUGGUGGGCAUAUGGGUCAUCCUCCUCCGCCGUUUGGAAGUUCUCCUCCGCCUGGAGCAAUGUACAAUUCACGUCCACUCCCUCCGCCAGGGAUGAUGGCAAGACCGCCUUUUCCUCCUAAUCAACGACCACCACCCUUUGGUAUGAAUUCACCUGUACCAUCAAAGUCAAUGGGCCAUCGUCCUCCUCCUUUGGCUAUGCAACCACGGCCUGGUAUGCCCCCUAUGCCGCGACCAAUGAUGUAUCCACAAGACCCUUCAUUACGGCGAUCUCCGACUCAUGGACCACAAGGAGGUGGUGCACCUGGCGGACCACAGCAAGCAUUACCUCCAUUACCAUCGCAAGAAGGCUAUAGCUUUUUAAAUGUCCCUCAUAACGGAUCACCUUUGGGCAGCCCUCGUAGCCCUACCACUGCGAAUGCUAUGGCUGCCGUAAAAGAGGUCACUCAUAGAACACCUCCUUGUGAUGUGUUUCGAUGGAAGGAUAAUUCUUGGGCGGCAGUGGAAGGUCAAUGUAUUGCGGAAAUUCGACAGACCAUGGCCAACCGACCUUGCUUGGCCAUUGUUAUAAAGGAAUCCAAUCACAUGUACUUGAACGCAUGGGUCAAUAGGAAUAUGACCAGUCGUCAAGAAGCACCAACCGAUGUUAGCAUUGGUAUCGACAUGGGCAACGGUCGUAAAGAAAAUUAUCUUGUGCACUGUAACGACCCGAGGGAUGCACAUGCACUAGCCGGAGCCUUACACCGAACAUCGAUAGAGGUCAUGAACGCUACUCGUCAAGAAGAGCAAGAGCAGUACCACACGCCGAUUUUAAGAUCCACGUCCCUUGGAGCAGCGUCCAUUCGGAAACCAGAAGACGGACCACAGACCACCAAACCCGUCAUGCAAUGUCGAUGUAAAAUCUUUUUGCAAAACGAACACGCUAGUUGGACCAAUCUGGGUAAUGCUGGCCUUCGACUCUCAAUGCAGAUACCCAGUCAGCGUAUUCACGUUUACAUUGAGAGUGAGAAGGAUAGCAAGCGAUUGGUAAACACGUUCAUUCAAAGCAAUUUUGUCGAACGUGUUUCUGGCAAUACCAAACGUAUCACCUUUAGACUCAUGAAUGAGACCACUAGAGCAACUGCUGUAUAUAUGGUCCAAGUGAAAGACGACAAAGUUGGUAUCAAGAUCUACGAUUACCUGAAGGGUAAUCGAGCCCAAAAUUAAUGGCAUCUUGAUCCAUAUCUUUUUGUAAUAUGAAAACCAAGCAGCUUGCUCUUCAUCAUCAUGGGCCUAAAGAAAACAUAGAAUAUACAUAAUUUUUUUUUCUCUUCCUACCUUUAUUCUUAUUUAUCGACUUGAGCACAUUGUGUUUUCUACUACCUUGUUUCAUCAGUGCAUAUAAACACGUACGUUAUUCAUUUGAAAUGGCCCUUUGGUUUUCUACGUUAAAAUUAAAUUUGGUAUUGUCCAAUCAUUUCACUUACUCCGCC